AGAAUUUAGCAUCUGAACAUUUUAUUCUAUUCACAGGAUGAAGAUUGCUUCAGUUUAUCACCAACAUGGAAACCUCCUCUUCCAAGUUUUAAUCCAGACUUGUUUGAUAACAAAGAUGACAUUUGCCCUUGUCCUGAGCAAUAUAAUCAGCUGAUUGAUGUAUGUUGGAAUAACGUACCAGCAGAGCGUCCAACAUUUGCACAUAUCCGAGCAACUAUUAAGAAGAUCAACCCAAGUAAACAGAGCGCUGUUGACUUAAUGAUGGCAAUGAUGGAGAAAUACUCAAAGCAUUUAGAAGCCAUUGUAGGAGAGCGGACAGCUGAUCUAGUGGCGGAGAAGGCCAAGACAGAUCGUCUUUUAUACAGUAUGUUACCAAGGGCAGUUGCCGAUGAUCUCAGAAUGGGAAAAACUAUAGAUGCCAAGUUCCAUGACAUCUGUACUAUAUAUUUCAGUGAUAUUGUUGGUUUCACCACAAUUUCUGGAAGAAGUGCCCCCAUCCAGGUUGUCGGUCUGCUGAACAAGCUCUAUGUUACCUUUGAUGACAUCAUUGACAAAUAUGAUGUGUAUAAAGUGGAAACAAUUGGAGAUGCCUACAUGGUUGUGUCAGGAAUUCCAAUAUUUACUGAACAUCAUGCAAGUGAAGUUGCUCAGAUGUCUAUUGACCUUGUCAGAGCUUGUGAAACCUUUGUUAUUCCCCAUAUGCCAGAAGAACCUCUAAAGAUUCGAGUUGGUUUACAUACAGGUCCAGCAUGUGCUGGUGUUGUAGGUAUUAAGAUGCCUAGGUACUGUCUGUUUGGAGAUACUGUUAAUACUGCCAGCAGAAUGGAGUCCAACAGUGAAGCUUAUAAAAUCCAUAUCAGUAAUCCAUGCUACAAUGAGUUAAUCAAGUAUGGAAAUAAAUUUAACAUGGAAAAAAGAGGAACAAUUGCUGUCAAGGGUAAAGGAGAUAUGUUGACAUGGUGGCUGCAUGGCUUAGAACCUUCCUAUAAGGAACCUCCACCUGGGACUGAGGGCAGUAAACAUGCAUCUGCGACUGAGGUCGGUAGACAUGCACCUGCGUCUGAGGGCGGCAUACGUGCAUCUGGGAGUGAUGCCAACAAACCAGGGAGUCAAGUGAUAGCUGUACGAGAGUCCCAAACUAAACAAGAUAAUGCCUAGAAAGAAAGGACAAUUGUGUACAGUAUUGUUUUUUACUGACAGUACCUGAUCAAUUACACUUAUUUAUAUGAAGUGUAAUAUUAUUGUAUUGUUUAAGAAAUAAGAUGUUGAACUUUUAGAAGUUUAUUUGCCUGAAAGAAUGAAUGAUAUAAAUGGAUGAAUUUCCAGUUUAAAUUUGCAUUGCCCAGUCACCUGGAGAUUUUAACAUUGAUGUAUUUUACCUUAUGUAGAGGAAAUUUUUAUAGCAUUUUCUAGAAAAUAUUGAUUAAAUUGGAAAUAUUAUCAAUGCCCAUUCUAGGAAACCUGAAUUUCAGCUUAUCUAUAGAAAUAAUGGUUCAAAAUUGCCCGACAUGGGAAAUGUUCAUUUGUAAUGCAUUUGAAUAAAUAGUAUAGAAAUAGAGUAAUUUUAAUUCAACUUGAGUACACUACAAUUCAAAAUAGAAUUACACAGAUUGUAAUUUACAGAAUUUAUAAUACAGAAUUACAUUUCGGACCUCCAAAGAACAAAAAAAAAAUCACUUUUUACUGCUUUCUUAACAAAGAAUCCAAUAAUAUAUUACAUUGUGUUAAAAACGCUCCAUUCUAAGUCCAGAUCAGGGCAGUAACUAAUAAAUUAUUUUCAACAGAAAUUGAUUCAUGCGAAUAUACAAGAAUUCAAGAAGAAAUAUACCAGGCAGCUAAAAUGAUGAGUUUAAUGUAUUUAAAAGUUUGUUCAAUGAAAUACGGAAAAAUGUUGUGAAGUUUGAUAAAGUAAUGUACAUUUCUAGUGAGAAAGAGUGAGUGUGUGUAUUAAAUUGUUUGAAAAUUGUUUUUGCAUAGUUUGAAGUUAAAUGUAAAGCAAAGUUGUAUCAUGAAUAUUUUAUGAAAAGUAAUGAAAUGAGUUAUGAAAAAUUAGAAUUGUGUGUUUACUUCUAAAAGUUUACAAUUGUGUUUGCUUGAUAUGUCAUAUAACAGGAAUUUGUAUGUUUAACCAGACAGGAAUUUGUAUGUUAAACCAGACAGGAAUUUGUAUGUUAAACCAGACAGGAAUUUAUAUGUUAAACCAGACAGGAAUUUGUAUGUUAAACCAGACAGGAAUUUGUAUGUUAAACCAGACAGGAAUGAUUAACCAGACAGGAAUUUGUAUGUUUAACCUGACAGAAAUUUGUAUGUUUAACCAGACAGGAAUUUGUAUGUUUAACCAGACAAGAAUUUGUAUGUUUAACCAGACAAGAAUUUGUAUGUUUAACCAGACAGGAAUUUGUAUGUUUAACCAGACAAGAAUUUGUAUGUUUAACCAGACAGGAAUUUGUAUGUUUAACCAGACAGGAAAAUGUAUGUCAUUUGUAUGUUAAACCAGACAAGAAUUUGUAUCUUUAACCAGACAGGAAUUUUAGAUGUUUAACCAGACAGGCAUUUGUAAGUUAUUUGUAAUAUGUGUUCAAGAUAAUAUUAAAUAAUUUUAUGCCAACCGGUGCAUGUGUAACUUGUUCACAUUAGUAAUAGCCUGAUGUCUUUACCAAACAGAUGCUUGUAUACUUUUAUUUGACGGCCGUCAUCUUAGAAAGUCAAAUAUAACAAGGAUAUAAAAGCAGCCCCAAUCAUAAAGUUUGAUGACCACCAACCUGCUUAAUUACAGUAGCACUUGCUCAGUCAUCGAAUUUAGCACUGGCCCGGUGGCCCAUGGCCAGUGAGAAUUAGUUUGGGCCAGUGAAAAUUUAAGAAAAUUAGUUAAAUAUAUAGUAGAAUAAAUUCAAAACUGGAAUUCGGGCUAGUAAAUUCAAAAUCUUAAAUUCAUUGACUGCUUGCUUUUUUAACACUAUGACAUCAUACAAAAUGUUCAGAUUUUAUUAUUUAACCAUUGUAAGUUUCAAGACAAAUUUUGAUGGAAAUGCACUAUUUUAUUGUAAAUGGACACAAUUUUAAUGUUGUUUUUAUUGUACAAGGAAAGAGAAUUUAUAGCUUUAACAUUGCAAUAUGCUAGCCAUAAAUGUUAUGUCUUGAA